GUGUCGGUGACGAGAGAGCCUUCGACUGAAGAUAUCGAUAUUGAUGAUAUCUGUGAAACCCUCAUUACCGAGCUUCAUCUCACCAGGAGCGAGGCUCUUCGUACAAAACGCCAGCAGUGGGAGACGGUGGAAAACGAGGAAUCGAAUAUGACUAAGUCAUUGGCUAGAGGAGGAGAAGCUACUGAUAGUAUACUAUCGAGGGUGAUUACAGGGAGAGCUCAUGGUGGUGGUGGGCAGCUGAAUAAGGGGUCGAAAUCAGGAGAGGGUAACACUGAUGAGGGCAGCAUGAGAGAGUCAUCCCUGGACCAUUUGCAACCUGAGAUGGUGGAGGCGAUCGAGGCACUGCGAGUGAGCCCUUCUGAAGCCAACAUCAUUCGAGAUGAGGAUAUUGCUGGUGAGCUCUUCCGAUCAACCGCAGAUGAUGAGUCUACCACUGGCAGGGUUGAAGUUCGCAAAACAAACAAUCACCGAAGUACUGAUAAUGCCACAAAAGUUCCCGCAGCUUUUCACUUCCCCUUUGACAAGACCACCAAGAGGCAUACUUCUCUUUGGACCACCCGGUAG